UUUCAUGCUCUUCCAUUUUCCCCAAAUCUGCAAAUGCUAUCAUUAUACUAAGCCAUCAACAAAAAUGAUGAAAUUGUUAUCAUCUCCACAUAAAAAUUCAUCUAAAUCCAUCAUCUUUUCAACAUACCAAUCAAGAAAUCACACCUCACAAAUCAAUCAAGAAACACUCAUUACCGAAAUCACAUCAAUUCUCAACAACAACAAAGACAACUGGCCCCAAAUCCUUAAUUCAUCACCUAAUCUUAUUAGAAAGAUAAACCCAGAUGUAAUUCAAUCUGUUUUACAUCAUCAAGCUCAAAACGAACAAGGCCCUAAUAUUGCUCAUCAUUUCUUCAAUUGGUCAAUUCAUCAAGUUGGUAUCUUUCCUCAAAACCUUAAAUCUUUCUUGAUUCUUGCCAUGUGUUUGUGUAAUUCCAAUCAGUUUAGACAUGCUAGUAUUGUAUUAGGCCAAAUGGUUGAUACCCGGAAACCGGUUUCUUAUAUUAUGGACUCGGUUUCUAGUUUUUGUGAUGAGGGUGAUGUGGGUUGCUUAAAGUUUAAGUCUUUAGUGUAUGGUAUGGUUGUUGAUGCUUAUAGGAAUAAAGGUAUGUUGAAUGAAGCUGUUUUUGUUGUGUUGGGGAUUGAUAGUAGGGAAUGGUUUCCGGGUCCAGGUUGUGUUAAUUCAUUGAUGACUAAUUUGUUGAAAUCGAAUAAGAGAGAAUUGUUUUGGAAGGUGUAUGAGAAAAUGGGUGAGUUACAGAUUGCUCCUGAUGUGUAUAUUUAUACUAAUUUGGUUAGUGCUUUGUGUAAAGAAGGAAAGUUAAGCGAGGCAAAAGGGGUUUUUGUUGAAAUGGGGGAAAACGGUUGUAAUCCGAGUUUGGUGACUUAUAAUGUGCUUAUUGGAGGGUUAUGCAGAGGUGGGCUGAUAGAUGAAGCGUUUGAGCUUAAAAGGUCAAUGGCUGAAAAGGGUUUUGUUCCUGAUCGGUUUACUUAUACGACACUCAUAGAUGGUUUAUGCAAAAUGAAGAGAUUGGAAGAUGCAAAGAUGGUUUUAGAAGAUAUGUCGAAAGCAGGGGUAUCUCCUGAUCAUGUUGCUUAUAGUGCGUUAAUUGAUGGUUUUAUGAAACAGGGGUAUGUAGAUGAGGCUCUAAAGUUAAAAGAUGAGAUGUUUGUUAGUGGAGCUUGGUUAAAUGUUGUGACAUAUAAUUCUAUCAUAUCUGGGCUAUGCAAAGCUCGCAGGUUUGAAGAAGCUAUUGAAGUUUUGAAGGGUAUGAAAGAGAAAGGCACUUUUCCUGAUGUUUAUUGCUAUAAUUCACUAAUAAUUGGUCUUUGUAACGAUAAAAGAAUGGAUGAAGUGGAGUCAGUUUUAGCUCAAAUGGGGACUAAUGGAGUAAAGCGGAAUGCUUUCACUUAUGGUGCGGUCAUCAAUGGAUAUAUUAAGGUUGGAGAAAUGGAAGUUGCAAAUAAAUACUUUAACGAGAUGGUUAGUUAUAAUUUUAUGCCUGAUCGUGUUAUAUUUACAUCAAUGAUUGAUGGUCAUUGCAAACUGGGAAACACUACAGAAGCCUUUUCAAUAUUCAAAAGUAUGCUUGGAAGGAAUAUUCUUCCUGAUGUACACAUGUACAGUGUAUUUAUUAACGGUCUGGCUAGAAAUGGUUUAAUGGAAAAAGCACGGGAGGUUUUGGGUGAACUUAUAGAGCGGGGUCUGAGUCCAGAUGUCGUCACUUACACAUCUAUCGUAUCUGGUUUCUGUAGAAAAGGCGAUAUUCAUGAAGCUUUCAGUAUGGUCGAUGAAAUGAUCCAUAAAGGGGUUAUUCCAAAUAUCAUCACUUACAAUAUCUUAAUUGGUGGAUUAUGCAAGUUGGGUGAUUUCAAGAAAGCUCGGGAGUUAUUUGAUGGGAUUUCUUCCAAGGGUUUGGCACCUGACGGUGUGACUUAUGCUACAAUGAUAGAUGGAUACUGUAAAUCUGGGAAUUUGUCUCAAGGGUACGAGCUAUUUGAUAGGAUGGACCAGGAUGGAAUUCAACCGGAUUAUGUUAUAUAUAAUUCCCUCCUAAAUGGCUGCUGCAAAGAAACGGAGAUUGAAAAGGCGUUGACCUUAUUCCACAAAAUGGUGGAAUUAGGGUUUGUUUCUGCACAUACAUAUAACACUCUGAUUGAUUUGUACUGCAAGUUGGGGAAGAUAGUGGAAGCGGACGAAUUAUUGAAAGAUAUGAUCGAUAACAAGCAAAUUAAACCAAAUCAUGUGACUUUUACUAUCUUAAUAGAUUGUUACUGCAAAGCUGAGAUGAUGGAAGAGGCAGAAGAUCUUUUUGCUGAGAUGCAAAAUCGGAAUUUGAUGCCAACGAUUGUAACGUACACCUGCUUAGCUGGUGGUUAUAUGAGAUCAGGAAAUAAAUCCAAGAUGAUUUCAAUCUUUGAAGAUAUGGUGGCAAAAGGUAUUAGUUUAGAUAAAGUUGUAUACAACAUGUUAGAUGAAGAUCAAGGGGGUUUGGAGAAAUCUUUUAUGGUUUUAGAUGAGUUAUUGCAAAAGGGUCUAUCUGGUAGAGAUGCUUAUGAUAAAUUGGUUGAUGGGUUGUGCCAAAAUGGCAAGUUUUCCGAGGCAGUGGCAUCCGUCGAUGAAAUUGGGAAACGUGGGGUAAUGCUUAGUUUUGCUACAUGUAGUACUCUAGUACACAGCUUGCAUAGUGCAGGAUACAAGAAUAAGUUGGCUGGAGUUUUGAAAAGUAUGGAAGCUUUUGGAUGGGUCCCACAAGCGUCAAGUUUUACUGAUUUGAUGAAACAGUAUGAACCUGAUGGUGAUUGGGAAAAAGAUGGGAUUGACCUACCGAAGCAAGUUGUCUGAACAUUUGGUUUUUCAGUACAAUUCUUGCUCAAGAAAGCUGUUGCCGGGGGUUGGAAGCAUGAAACAUGCUUUGUGUUGCUUUAUCAAAUGCUUUUACUGGUCAUGCAUCCAGGGCCACGGUGCGUGUAUAAAAGCAGGUCCAGAGCAUUGUGUUUCUCGAGGAUGCAACAUUAAUCUUGAUGUCAUCGCCGCACUGCGUGUUAUUAAUCACAAGGAAAUAUAAUCAGGUUCUGAACAGCAUAAUGCUUGCUAUAUUCCAUUCUUCCAGACAGUUACACAAGAGUCAAGAGCUGCACUCCGGGAUGUACAUACAUAUCAAGCUAAAUAUACCUUGUCACAACUGGUUUUUCAUUGUUAAAGAAAUUGUCUAAUAGAUUGAGUUUGUCAUCAAUGUUUUAGUUGCUUUGAUUAUUUUUAUGUAAUCAUGCUGUAACACUUUUGUUAAGCUAAAAUGGUUUAUGCAAUGGAAAUGAUAAGUGAAGAUUUUGUUGCUCAA